UUCCAUAGCAUCCUCAGUCCGAAGAGCAAGCAGAAUACUGGAAGUGGUAGUUCACUCUGGGACAGGAAGAAGCGAAGGGGCAGUUGACGGUGGGAUCUACUGCGGGGAUCGCCGGAGCAUAUCGGAGGCGCCGUGUGACAUUCGGACUUUCUGCGCAGAAAUGGCGGCGGAAGCAGAGAUCCCAAAGGAAGAGGUGGAAAUGAGCGGGGGACUGAAUGAAGACGACGACGAGCACGACUCCAAGGAGAAGGUGUUGCAGCGCUACUUUCUUCAGGAGUGGCAGCUCGUCAAGUCCCUCAUCGACGACAUAGCCUCCCACGGUCGCGUCACCGAUAUCUCCUCCGUCCACAAGAUCAGAUCCAUCAUGGAUAAGUAUCAAGAGCAGGGCCAGCUACUGGAGCCAUACCUAGAAAGCAUCAUUUCUCCUUUGAUGUUUAUUGUCCGUUCCAGGACAAUUGAGUUAGGUGUAUCUUCUGAUGAAAUUAUUGAGAUAAUCAAGCCCAUCUGCAUUGUUAUCUACUCCCUUGUCACUGUAUGUGGGUACAAGGCUGUCACCAAGUUCUUUCCUCAUCAAGUCUCUGACUUGGAACUUGCAGUAUCUCUUUUAGAGAAAUGUCAUGAUGUAAAUUCGGUGACAUCACUGCGACAGGAAAGUACUGGAGAGAUGGAAGCAAAAUGUGUGAUGCUUUUGUGGCUUUCUAUACUGGUGUUGGUUCCUUUUGAUAUCUCCUCCGUUGACACUAGUAUAGCUUACAACAAUGAUCUUGGAGAACUUGAGCCACCCCCACUUGUAUUAAGGAUAAUAGGUUUUUGUAAGGAUUACCUUUCAAAUGCGGGACCAAUGCGCACUAUGGCUGGAUUGCUACUCUCGAGGCUCCUUACACGCCCAGAUAUGCCAAAGGCCUUUAUAAGAUUCAUUGAUUGGACACAUGAAGUGCUAUCUUCUCCAAAAGAGGAUGUUAUUGGCCAUUUCCAAUUGAUUGGGGUGGUGGAAUCUCUGGCUGCCAUUUUCAAGGCUGGUUCUAGGAAGCUAUUAGUUGAUGCAAUUUCCUUGACAUGGAAUGAUAUAUCGGCGUUAAGCACGUCUGGCACUGCAGCUCGGAGUCCCUUACUACGCAAGUUUUUGGUCAAGCUAACUCAGCGGAUUGGGUUAACUUGCCUUCCCCCUCGUGCUCCAUCUUGGCGUUAUGUGAUUAAAACAACCACUAUUGGAGAUGUUUCUGGGAAUGCGCUCACAAAAUUGGACAGCAGUGAUGUUGAUUGUGCUGACUCAGAAAAUACCUCCAAGUGCUCCGAUGAUGAAGAUAUUGAUAUACCAGAAGUAAUUGAAGAGAUAAUUGAGAUGUUGCUUUCUGGAUUAAGAGAUACGGACACUGUUGUGCGCUGGUCAGCAGCAAAAGGUAUAGGCCGUAUAACGUCACGUCUAACUUCUGCUCUCUCAGAAGAGGUUCUAUCAUCUGUGCUGGAGCUGUUUUCACCUGGAGAGGGAGAUGGUUCGUGGCAUGGGGGCUGCUUGGCUCUUGCUGAACUUGCACGGCGGGGGUUGUUGCUACCAAGCAGCCUUCCCAAAGUCGUCCCUGUGGUUGUGAAAGCUUUGCAUUAUGAUAUCCGAAGAGGGCCCCACAGUGUUGGAUCCCAUGUACGUGAUGCUGCCGCAUAUGUAUGUUGGGCAUUUGGACGAGCCUAUUAUCAUCAAGACAUGAGAAGCAUAUUGGAUAAGUUGGCUCCUCAUCUCUUAACAGUGGCUUCCUAUGAUCGUGAGGUUAAUUGCAGGCGGGCUUCUGCUGCUGCUUUUCAAGAGAAUGUUGGAAGACAAGGAAAUUAUCCACAUGGCAUUGACAUAGUGAAUACUGCAGAUUAUUUUUCACUUUCAUCGCGAGUGAAUUCUUAUCUUCAUGUUGCCGUCUUUAUUGCACAAUAUGAGGGGUAUCUUUAUCCAUUUGCUGAGGAACUUCUAUCCAGCAAGAUAUGUCAUUGGGAUAAAAGCUUGAGAGAACUUGCUGGAGAAGCCCUUGCUGCUCUUGUGAAAUACGAUCCUGAGUAUUUUGCAGGCUACGUCCUUCAAAAGUUAAUUCCGUGUACUCUCUCGUCUGAUUUGUGCAUGCGCCAUGGUGCAACCUUGGCAGUAGCUGAACUUGUCUUGGCACUCCAUCAAUAUGGACACUCUCUCUCCAAUGAUAAGCAGAAACAAGUUGCUGGUAUAGUUCCUGCAAUAGAGAAAGCACGUCUUUAUCGUGGGAAAGGUGGAGAAAUAAUGCGGUCAGCUGUUUCCCGGUUCAUCGAAUGCAUCUCCUUAUCCCAUUUGCUAGUCCCAGAAAAAAUAAGACGAAGUUUGCUUGACACGAUCAAUGAGAACUUACGACAUCCUAAUUCCCAGAUACAGACUGCUGCUUGUAAAGCUCUGAGACACUUCAGUCUUGUAUACCUUGUUGCUCCUGGGAAUCAUUCGACCGAUUUUACAUCAAAGAACUUGGGUUUGCUGAGAGAUCCAAACGUGGCGGUAAGAAGAGGAUCUGCAAUGGCACUGGGAGUAUUACCCUAUGAACUAUUGGCUAAUAGGUGGAGGGAUGUCAUAAUGCAGCUCUGUACCGCCUGUGCAAUUGAGGAUAACCCUGAAGAUCGAGAUGCUGAAGCCCGAGUAAAUGCUGUCAAAGGACUUGUAUCAGUCUGUGAGACAUUAACACUAGCAAGAGGGAGCUCAGAUACCCUUACUGAGGAGGACUAUGCGUCUCUGUACCUCUUGAUGAAGGAUGAAGUGAUGAACAGUCUGUUUAGAGCUCUGAAUGACUACUCUGUAGAUAACAGGGGCGAUGUUGGCUCUUGGGUUCGUGAGGCUGCUAUGGAUGGCCUUGAGAGAUGUUCCUAUAUUCUUUGCAAAAGGGAUUCAACAAGUUUGAGUGAACAACCUAAACCGCUUUUUGAUGCCAGUCUUGCUACCACACUAGCUGGUGGCAUCAUUAAGCAAGCAGUAGAAAAAAUGGAUAAGCUAAGAGAAGUUGCUGCACGCAUCCUUAGAAGGAUUUUAUACAACGAAGAAAUUUGCGUUCCUUUUAUUCCUUACCGUGAAAAGCUGGAAGAAAUCGUUCCGAAUGAAAAGGAUUUAAAGUGGGCGGUGCCCGCCUUUUCAUUCCCUCGAUUCUUGCAGUUGCUUCAGGUGAGUUGUUACAGUAGGUCUGUGCUGUCAGGGUUAGUUAUCUCUGUUGGUGGCUUGCAAGAUUCUUUAAGGAAGGCAGCCACCUCGUCAUUGUUGGAGUAUCUUCAUAACGACGAAAGUGAAAAUAGAGAAGAGCGGAAGCGUAGAGAACAUAUGCUGAGCAGUGAUCUACUUUGGGUCCUCCAAGAAUUCAGGAAAUGUGACAGGGUGAUCACUCCAACUCUCAAGACCAUAGAGAUUCUUUUCAGCAAGAGAAUUUUCAUCGACAUGGAGGCUGGUACUGCAACGUUUUGCAAUGGACUGUUGGAUUCUCUUGCAGUGGAGUUGAAGGCCUCGAAGGAUUUCUCCAAGUUAUAUGCAGGGAUUGCUAUACUCGGAUUUGUCGCCUCCCUCUUAGAGCCCGUGAAUACUCGAGCCUUUGCCCAUCUUCUGACUUUUCUUGCGCACCGGUACCCUAAGAUCCGAAAAGCUUCUGCAGAGCAAGCAUACCUUGUCCUCUUGCAGAAUGGAGGCCUCGUUCCUGAGGAUAAGAUCGAUAAAGCGCUCGAAAUUGUUUCAGAGACUUGCUGGGAGGGUGACAUGGAGGCAGCCAAACGACAAAGAUCAGAGCUGUUUCAGAUGGCCGGUAUAGAGACGGGGUCACUUCUCAAGACUGAUGUUGCUACUAGCAGUGGCACCUCUGACGGUAAAGGCCAGAAGAAGCUAACUGCAGCUGCCGCUGAUGAAAAUGCAUCAUAUUCUUCCUUGGUGGGUUCGACUGGAUUUUAAUGGAUUCUACCGAUAGCUCUUUGAUAUUUAAACUACUUGUGUUUCCUUGAAUUCGCAUAUAGCUGGGAUUCUUGUAUAAAUUACUAUGCUCCAUUUGGUAUACGGGAAUGGAAUGGAAUGCAUUUCAUAUGGUGAAAUGUGAUUAUAUUGAGA